UAUGCAACUUAAUGCUUCACACCUUCAGAUUCUUGCAUGCAGCAAUAAACUUUGCAGUGAGGAUCUUUUCAUUGUUAAGGUCAUUCAUUACUGGUGGAUAAAAGUACAGAUCCUGCGGGAGCUUGGCUUGAGUCUUGCUUCAGCUCUUGCAUCCAAGAUUACCUAGCCUCCCUUUGUUUUAGUCAUACUUGUAAAACCAGCAAGGUAAGGAAUGUGCAAUUUUUAAAGCAAACAUGCAAGUGUCUUCAAAAUUAUCCCCACAGAGGAAACAGCUGUUUUCCCUUUAGUUGUCACUACAGUGGUACCUCGGAUUAUGAACACAAUUGGUUCCGGAAGUCUGUUCAUAAACUGAAGCAUUCAUAAACUGAAGCGAACUUUCCCAUUGAAAGUAAUGGAAAGUGGAUUAAUCCGUUCCAGACGGGUCCGCAGAGUACUCAACCUGAAGCGUACUUAACCCGAAGCAUGGGUGUAAUUGGUUCCGGAAGUCUGUUCAUAAACUGAAGCGUUCAUAAACUGAAGCGAACUUUCCCAUUGAAAGUAAUGGAAAGUGAAUUAAUCCGUUCCAGAUGGGUCCGUGGCAUUCGUAAACCAAAAAUUUGUAAACCGAGGUGUUCAUAAACCGAGGUUCCACUGUAUUUCUCUUUAGUUUGGCACAUUUCCCAGAAAAAGGAAGCAAGCCAGUAAACCUGUGGCUCAUUUGUGCUUCAGACUGCAAAUGAGCUCCUCGCUGCUCCCCCAUCCCCCAGAUUCCUACACAUAGAAAACUAGAAUGGCAAAGAGAGAUCCAGGCCAGAAUGCUACUCUUGCUUUUGUUGGAAUAAUAUGAAUUCUCAUCUGGAGUCUAAAGAGGUGCAGUCUAAACUACAGGUGAAACUUGGAAAAUUAAAAUAUUGUCGAAAAGUGCAUUUAUUUCAGUAAUGCAACUUAAAAGGUGAAACCAAUAUAUGAGAUAGAUCAGGCAUCCCCAAACUUCGGCCCUCCAGAUGUUUUGGACUACAAUUCCCAUCUUCCCCGACCACUGGUCCUGUUAGCUAGGGAUCAUGGGAGUUGUAGGCCAAAACAUCUGGAGGGCCACAGUUUGGGGAUGUCUGAGAUAGAUGCAUGCCAUGCAAAGCAAGAUAUAUCAAGCCUUUAUUUGUUGUAAUUAUUUGUUGUUAGGCGGGUCAAUUAUAAAUGGAAUGUAAUUAAUGAAAUGUAAAAGCGAUGUUUAUUUUUGUAUUAUUUGUUUUAUUACUGUGGAAUUUCCAAAAGAAAGCAUUUGUAAAAAUUAAAAGAAAAAUAAAUAAAAAUUAGUUGCAUUACAUAAAUAAAUGCACUUUUUGACGAUACAGUGGUACCUCGGUUUAUGAACACAAUUGGUUCCGGAAGUCUGUUCAUAAACUGAAGCGUUCAUAAACUGAAGCGAACUUUCCCAUUGAAAGUAAUGGAAAGUGGAUUAAUCCGUUCCAGACGGUCCACGGAGUAACCGUUCAUAAACUGAAGCGAACUUUUCCAUUGAAAGUAAUGGAAAGUGGAUUAAUCCGUUCCAGACGGGUCCGCGAAGUACUUAAACUGAAGCGUUCAUAAACUGAAACAUGGGUGUAAUUGGUUCCGGAAGUCUGUUCAUAAACUGAAGCGUUCAUAAACUGAAGCGAACUUUCCCAUUAAAAGUAAUGGAAAAUGAAUUAAUCCGUUCCAGAUGGGUCCGCGGCGUUCAUAAACCGAAAAUUCAUAAACCGAGGUGUUCAUAAACCGAGGUUCCACUGUAUUCUAAUUUUCUGAGUUUCACCUGUAGGUUACUACCUCUUCUGCUGUUAAUGUGAGAACUACACUGCUCACUAGGAGUAAAUUGUGGAGCAGUUGUUUCAGUCAUAAUGUACAAUGCAAAUUUAAAGCAGUUAACAGAUGUCAACCCAUUGAUCUAAUGGGACUCUGUUUUUCAACUUCAUCAAGCGCCUACUCUUGCAGCCUACCAGAGAAACAUAAUGCUGUAUCUUCCAGAUUGUAGUACAAACUGCAAUUUCAACUGGCUGUUCUCAUCUGAGUAGCACUUGAAAGCCGGCUGAAUCAAAGAGGAAGUUGGAGCUUGUGAUAUAUAUAUUUCAAGCAGAAACUGGAUUUCAACAGUAUGCCUGGAUACAAUCUGCACAUGUGACUUGUUUUAGAGAAACCCAUGCUGGCUCUUAGUAACCAAAGCAUCCUUUUCUAAGUGUCCACAGACCAACUGCUUAUCUGUUCUAGGACCUUUCUUGGUAUCAAAAGUCAACCUGACCAGUCAGUAGUUUAUGCUGCUGCAGCUAAUUUAAAUAAUUUAUAUAUUACCUAUCCAAAUCCCAAGCCAGAAUUAAGAUUGCUGGAAGAAAUAUCAACAACCUCAGAUAUGCAGAUGACACAGCCUUGAUGGCAGAAAGUGAGGAAUUAAAGAACCUUUUGGAUUAUGGUGCUGGAGGAGACUCUUGAGAGUCCCAUGGACCGCAAGAUUAAGGAAAUCAGCCCUGAGUGCUCACUGGAAGGACAGAUCGUGAAGCUGAGGCUCCAAUACUUUGGCCACCUCAUGAGAAGAGAAGAUUCCCUGGAAAAGACCCUGAUGUUGGGAAAGAUUGAGGGCACAAGGAGAAGGGGACAACAGAGGACAAGAUGGUUGGACAGUGUUCUCAAAGCUACCAACAUGAGUCUGACCAAACUGUGGGAGGCAGUGGAAGACAGGAGUGCCUGGCGUGCUCUGGUCCAUAGGGUCACGAAGGGUCAGACACAACUAAACGACAACAAAAUUGCCCACCCACAGGGUGGUUUACUAUAUAAAGUUGCUGAAUGUGAACAAUUAGUUUUGGUCCUCCCCAUGAGUCUCAUCCCACCAAGUUUUAUCAAAGCAUGUUACAUCAUAUUUGCUACCCUGCAUUAAGAAUACAGGUUAAUCUUGUUCAGAUUAAUGCCAUGCUCUAUGUGAUAGUAUAGAGAAAAUUGAAAUCAUGAUUCAGUCCCUCCAACUGCUUACUUACUGUUUCCCCCCCUGCAAAUGGGGAGAUUUCAAAUGGGGAGGCAUGACAGGUGUGAUUAUGCCCAUGAGCCAGAAGUUUCCCUAAUACUUGUUUUUAGGUUUUUAGUAUCCUGGAAGAAGGCAUGUUUGAUGAGCUAGCUAUGAGUAUACACUUCAGAAUUUUGAUGCAGGUCACACUUGUUAUCUAUUACCGCCUCUUUUUUUGCUGAAUGCAUUUUACACAGGCAACAAGAGCCAAGUUUUGCCAGCAAGCUAUGAGUUAUACAAGUUAUGUUGAGAUAGAAAAGUAAAUGAUUAAUGCAUAUGGAAGCCUAGUCAUGGGCUUUUACUCUCCAUCCAGAGCUUUAUGCUUACCUCUGCAGUUAGUGAAAAUGAAAGAUUUAUGGAACAGCUAAUGGGCUUAAAUUUCAAUAGAAUUUAGAAAGGCCAUGAAGAAUCAGCAGAACUUGGAAAAAGCAAAUAUGUAGAGUGUGGUGUGUGAGUGUGUGGCAGGGGAGGUCAAGAGAAUAAAGGGAUAGUCAAGUUGAAUGGUGAGAGAGGUAUUAGGACAGUAAAGGAAAUUUUAUGGCUAACCCUGCCCCCAGGCUCUGUGCCUAUUAAAUCUACCUCAGCUCAAACCCUCAACGUCUGCGUGACUGCGUCCUUCCCUUAAUAUAGUCCCCCACCUUUAUGCUUCCCUAGCACCUCUGGCACAGGAAAAAAGGAUAGCAUGUGCAUUCCUGUACUCCAUAUCAAUCUCCUUUGUUGCAAUAUAGGAAUACAUUCUUCAUAAAUCCUCACAAAGUUCACUGACCAGGGGCUUUGAUUUUGUGCAUGCUUGCUUGGAAGCCCCAUUGCUUUCAGUGGAACUUAUGUGCAAGUAAGCAUGUGCAGAAUUGGGCUAGAUGAAUUGCGACCAUCCAAGGUUUCUGAUAACACAAUGCUCCAGUUGCAAGAUACCGGUAAGUCCAUCUCAAGGACACACUUCCUUCAGAGCUCAUCUUCAAAGCCAUAUGACAAGAGAAGGUCCCAAGUUUGUGUAUAAAAGAAAUACUCAUAAAAACCUGUAAUUUAAAAUAAAAUAAAAUACUGCUGCCUUUUCCAGCACUUCUAAUAUUGGAUACCUUUAGCAUAUUCAGGAAUCAAAGUAGGAAAUGUUUACUUUUUUGUGCAUGCAACAUGAGUAGUGCUGAAGCAGCGAAAAUUAGGCAGCUAUGCAAAAGUAAAUGUGAAGAGCAGUUCUUAAGUUUGGAGACUUUUGGAAGUAUGAAAACUGAGGCGGGCAAGAAGUAAAAGCAAGGGUCACUGUCCUGAAACUAAGCCAGGCCUCCUCAUGUGCUCCCACUUUUCUGACUGAACCGGCACCCUCUCUCCGUGCUGCUUCCUUCAACCCUACGUCGCCGUUAAAAAUUAAUAUUGCUAAUUACAAUUUGUACAGUAUCAUGUUAAUGACAAUUCAUGGAAUGAAUAACAAUUGUGAAUACCGCUAACGUAAUUUAACACCUGAUAAUUGAAAAGACACCUAAUAGAAGUCGGGAGAGGGGGGAUUGGGAUUCAUAUAUGCUUUGUGUGGUAAUGAUGUUUGUUUUGAAUAUGAAACUGUAAAAUGUAAUAAAAACUAUAAGAUAAGAAAAGACACCUAAUAUUAUGCACCUCAAAAAUGUUAACUCUUUCGAAAUGAAGCCGUCCCCAACUUUUUGCCGGGGAGGCAGAAAAAUGAAAGGCAAGGCGACGAGGGCAAGAAGCCGGCACAUCCGAAAACUUUCGUUGCCUCAGGGCUGCUAAUGGCUCCUUCGACGUCACCGUUCCCAGUAGUCAAUGUUUUUUUGGGACGUGAGGGCGGUGGGCGGGAAACUAUCCUCUCCUACCUGGCGAGCAGCGGCGGGCGCGAGUGUGUUGGGAAACGGCGCUGGCUUGGAAGGUCGUUGACGACGACGCCGGCGAGGAAAGAGCCAUGGGGAACGCUGUGGCCCGAGAGGAUUUCGAGUGGGUUUAUACGGACCAGCCGCACGCGGACCGGCGCAAGGAGAUCCUGAGUAAGCGCGCGCCUUCAGGCCCUCCCUGCACUUCGUGCUCUCCCUGCUCCCCUUUGGGGGUCUGGCCCCACACGAUGCCUCGGUUGGCGAAGGCGCUCUCGAGCCCCCUUAUCUCUCUCCACACAUUGCUGCUGCCAGUGUACCCUGGACAAAAUGGCUGAAGUAACAUCCCCUCCCUGCUGAGGGUGGAUGGGGCGACGUUUGCUUUUACUGUGUCAUACAGCGGGGCUCUUAGUAAGAGUGCAAACUGGAAUAAAAUAUUUUUUUGGGGGGAGGGGGAGAGCCCUGCCCACAUAGGGCACACUAUUUGAAGAGCAGUGUCCAUCAACGUGGGGACGGACGGACAGACACUCAAAUAUUUUAUUGGUUGGGGGGGGGGGCAAAGGGACCUCACCUCAGCCCAGGGCCAGAUUUAGGUUUGAUGAGGCCCUAAGCUACUGAAGGUAAUGGGGUCCUUUAUAAGUCCAGCUUGUCACUGUUUUUUGUGUUGAAUAUAUGCUAUAUGGUUAAUAAUAAUAAUAAUUUAUUAUUUAUACCCCGCCCAUCUGGCUGGGUUUCCCCAGCCACUCUGGGCUGCUUCCAACUGAAUAUUAAAAACAAUCUAGCAUGACAGUAUUAAAUGACAAUACAACAGAGAAUUUAUGGACCUAAUAGGUAUCUAAAGCCAUUUGCACAUAACAAAAAGGAGCCUACACAACACAAAACACUGUUGCUGUAUGUAGGUUUUAUUUUUUAUUUAUUUUUAUCUUAUAUUUUGGAAAUGUAGAUCCAGGUUUUUUUUCCUUUUAUUUUUUUUACGCCCCCCCCCAAGAGAGUGGGGCCCUAAGGUUGUUUAGCUUAUACGUAAAUUCGGCACUGUCUCAGCCCCUAGGAGUUGGUUCCAAUGGCUCUUAGUUCCUUGGUCUUUCCAGUAGGAUCACUCUCAGAAGUGAGGGGUGGGUGUAGGCCAGUGUGUUGGGCACACUUCGAAAUGGUUUGCCAACAAUCUGCCACAGGUGUAGUAUCAUAGACUCAUACCGGUAGGAUUGGAGAGCUGGAAGGGGUCACCAAGGAUCAUCUAGUCCAAGCCUCUGCAAUGCUUUUAGUUAAACAGCAUGCUUCUAGUUCUUGUGACUGCUGAGAAGCAUCAGUAGGAGACAAUGAUCAAGUUUUUUUGCUGACAAAUGCUAUUCCCAAUUACACAUGUCUCUUUCCAUUUUAUCCUUCUCAAAAUAAAUUCAGAAUCCUGGUCUAUAAACUGAAUAACCAACUGUAAACACCCAGAAAUAAAAACCUUGAUGAAACCAGAUCAUAACUUGAUCUGGGUGGUUACACUGAUGGUGCUUGCACAGCUAGUUGCUCUUUAUCUAGUUAAAGAUUUGGAGUGGAAAUGGGUUAUAUUUUGGUCAUAUGUGUUUGGCAGUUGUCUUGAUCAUUCCAUGAGUCUGGCUGGUCAUGAGAUUGCCCACAACAGUGCCUUUGGCAAUUGUAAACCUCUGUGGAAUCGAUGGCUUGGAAUGUUUGCCAAUCUCGCACUUGGCAUCCCAUACUCUGUAUCCUUCAAGAGAUAUCACAUGGAUCACCAUCGUUAUCUUGGCGGUGAAGGAGCUGACGUGGACAUUCCUCUUCCCAUUGAAGGAUGGUUUUUUUGUACCCGUUUUCAAAAGCUCAUUUGGGUUAUUCUCCAGCCCCUAUUCUAUGCUAUCCGGCCUCUCUUUAUUAAUCCCAAACCAAUCUCUCGACUUGAAAUCAUGAAUUUGUCAAUUCAAUUUCUCUUUGAUGUUAUGGUAUACUAUGUCUUUGGAGUAAAAGCACUUGUCUACCUGAUAACAGCAGCUCUGCUUGGGCUAGGCUUACACCCUAUUUCAGGACACUUCAUAGCCGAACAUUACAUGUUUUUAAAGGGACAUGAAACAUAUUCCUACUACGGUCCACUUAAUAAGCUUACAUUCAACGUUGGCUACCAUAAUGAACACCAUGACUUCCCUAAUGUUCCUGGGAAAAACCUUCCUCUGCUGAAGAAAAUGGCCUCUGAAUACUAUGAUCAUCUGCCACAGUAUAACUCCUGGGUAAAAGUGCUUUAUGACUUUGUGAUGGAUGACACUAUCAGCCCCUAUUCGCGAGUGAAAAGGCAUUUAAAAGGUGAAGUGAUACUGGAGUGAAAAAAACAACCCACUUCCGUAAACACCAAGGACAGCCUGGUAGCUGGUGGAAGGUUUUGUUUGGUCAAGAUGAAUUUGCUUUGAAUCUUGACCUGGUUUGAACUAUGAAUAUAUGAGUACAAUCUAGAACAGGAUCUUUGGAAUUAAACGUUUUCAUGUUCUUUUGCCAUGUAACUAUGUUUCAUAAUGUGUUUUAGUAGCUGUUCACUUGAACAAUGGUUUAAAGCAUUUUAAGCAUUUUAUCUUAUGCUUUUAAGCAUUUUAUCUUACAUGCAGUAUGUACUUGUUCAGUUUUUUACAUAUGCUGCCCAGGACACUAGCUUUUGCUGACAAACCUUCCAAAUUAACUUCUUUUAAUACCGCAGAAUUGUUUUAAUUAGUGUAGUAGCUGAACAAAAUGGCUGGCUGGAACUCCUCCUAGAUUGAGUUGACCUAAUUGAUGGAUUUACAACUGUCACUGUAAAGUAUAUACCCACUGAAGAAGGUUAGUGUUUGUGUAACUUCAAAAUGGACAUGGAUAUGAUCUCCUGCAGCAGACCCAUUUCCCCAAAACCAGAUCUGCAUUCCCUCUUGUAUGCAUCUGUACGUAAGAGCUAUGCCCUGCCAUCAAAUUGAUGCUUCUUUGGAAACAGACUAGAUCUCCUGAAGUUUAGAAACAGAAUAGUAGAGCCUAUGUGUGUCCUGGUAACCAUAUUGUGCUCUCUUAGCUGGGGCAAGAGCUGGAGUGUCAGUUGUUGACAGCAGGUAGAAAGUUUAUAAAAGGUAUAAAACAUCGACUGUGAGAAUGCAAGUACCUCCUACAAAGGAGUAUAUGAAAGCUGGGUUUUUUUAAAAUAAAAAACAACUCUUGGGCACUUGAAUAAAGAUGAUAUUAGUGAAGUUUAUUUAACAAAUGUGUGGAAUGUUCUUGAGAUCAAGGUUGAAAUAAUGAAGUAGGCAUCACAAUUCAUUUUGGCCCCAAGACUUUAACGCGGCAGUCAUUUUGGUAUUGUUUUGUAAAUCUCUUGAAUAAUUGCUAAUAAAGGCCUAGUGUCAAUAAGGUUUCUCAUUGAAUGUGGGGGCCUUAAGCCCACUCCCUUCCACUUUAAGACCACACCUUCAAACAGAAACUAGAUUAGCAAGAUGUGCUGUCAAAAAUUAAAAGAUAAACCAGUAUUUUAGGCUACUGUUCAUGCUCGCUUUUGGUUAGCAGAGUAUUGAGAGGCUCAUGAGAUUAUUUUAAAAUAAGGCAAUUUAAAAUGGCAAGAGAAGACCCAUUCAAAUUUUAAAUAUGGUCCUUUGUUAGCUGAUCUCAAUCAAGGAGGCAGUUUAACCACAUCCUUGUGUUGCACAUGCUGAAAAUUAUCCAUCAAAACAGGACCAUAUGGCAUACCGUUUCUAUGGAACUGGAAUGGAAUAAUUGCCUAUCAAUGUGGCUCAUGUUGGAUCAUUAUUAAUGAAAAAUUAAUUUAAAAAUAUUUUUUUAAAAAACUCCAGGAGCUCCACUUCACACCACUGGUGGUGGUGUGAAGUAAGAUUUCAUUGCUACAUGAAGACCACCAAUGGGGUUUUAUAUGUUCAGUCACAUUGACCUUGUUAAUUCAUUGAUACCCACUCCUCCAAGUACUAAGGGACUGACAAUGGCUCUGACAAUGUGCCAAAUGCUUAGGAGCUGUUGUGGGGCCAGCUUGACUCCUUACCUCAUUCCAGACA